UAAAUCCGACACCUUAGAAUGAUUGGUUUGGUCCGUUAGGACAACAUAUCACUCAAAACCAAACUAAACAUAGAUACAUCAAACUAUGGCAUUAUAAAGUUCUAAAUUCAGGCAUCUUUUGUGAGAAAGGAACUGAGUGAGGAUAAGGUUUUUCCAUAGAUACAUCAAACUCUCAUAAAACCCGCAUUCACUGAUUCAUGUUCAGUUCAGCUACCUUACCUUGUUCAUAAAUGGAGACAAACAUUGUGAUCACAAAGCCAUUCGCAACAAUAGAAAAUCAAUCAGAUUCUGAUGAGAAUUAUAAAUAUCCAAAUAUUUUGAAGCGAGUACUAAGUCUCUUUAAGGAUGUCCGGUUAGGAUCAGAUCUUUCAAGCUUUAAGCUACCACCUAGCUUCAACAUGCCAAAAUCACAGCUUCAAUGGUAUGGUGAAUGUGUAUAUUCCACAUCCACAGGAGUAGACUUAGUAAAUAACCUCAACAAUGGGAAAACAGCAUUGGAUAGAUUGAUAUCAGUGGUAGCAUGGAGCAUUUCUACCACACGACCACAAAGGUUUGGAGUUGCUCCAUACAAUCCCAUUCUUGGUGAAACUCACCAUGUUUCCAAAGGAAACCUUAAUGUCUUACUUGAACAGGUUUCACACCAUCCUCAGGUAUCUGCCUUUCAUGCCACCGAUCAGAAGGCAAACAUAGAAAUUAUAGUGUGCCACUUUCCAGUUCCAAAGUUUGUUGGAAGUGGAAUAGAAGUUGACAUGCAUGGAAACCGAGAACUACGUCUACAUAAUCAUGGAGAGACAUAUGAAAUGAAUUGUCCUAAUUUCUUAUUCAGAUUUCUCCCAUACCCUGGGGUUGAAUGGGUUGGCAAUGUCACUAUCCGGUGUCUAGAAACAGGCCUUGUGGCAGAAUUGAGCUACAUAAAACAAUCCUUAUUUGGACUUGGGGGAAGUCGAAGACGGAUAAAAGGGAAGAUCUUUGAUUCACUCACGAUGAAUAUUCUUUAUAAAAUUGAUGGUCAUUGGGAUAGCACUGUAACAUUGAAGGAUGCAACUAAUAGUGCAGAAAUAAGAGUGAUAUAUGAUGCAAAACAAGUUCUUUCAGGACUUCAUACUCCUUUUGUUAAGGAUCCACAGAGUGUGUGGCCAACAGAAUCAGCUCUUGUUUGGGGUAAGUUAAGCCAAGCCAUCAUAAGCAAUAACUGGGAAAAGGCAAGAGAGGUAAAGAAUACUGUGGAGGAAACACAGAGGAGUCUUGUGAGAGAAAAAGAGUCAAAGGGGGAAACUUGGAUUCCUAAACACUUUAUAGUGACUCAUAGCAAUGAUGAUGGCUGGAAAUGUUCACCAAUUCAAAAGUGGGUCCCAGAUGCCCCUUCGUCACUAUAUAGUUCGUUACUAUAAACAUAGUUACCGGUCUUGACUGUUUAAUAUCAAGUUAAUAAUCGAGAUCAUUUAUUUGUAACUCUAUGGUUCUCUUACAUAAAGUUAAUUUGAUAUGUAUGUAAUGCAACUUUGCUAAAUUGCUUUAAUAGCCAAAUAAAAUCAUGCAUAUUAAUGUUUUUUAA